UAUACGCAGUAUUUUUCUUUAUGAUUCAGUGCCAGUUUAUUUCUCAAUAUUCAAACAUGAGAAGUCUAAUAAUUUGUUGCGUGUUAGCAGUGGCAUAUUCAGCCAAAAUUCCCAAAUACCACGAGGACCCGAUUCUCCGUCUGGAAAACAACGUGGACCCAAACGGCCAAUACAAAUACGGAUUCGAAUCCAACAGAGCUGCCCGCGAUGAAGUGAGAGGAGCCGACGGCGUAACUAAAGGAUUCUACGCUUACAUCGAUGACGAAGGAAAACAACAAUAUGUAGGUUACAGAGCUGACAGCACUGGUUACCACAUUGACGACGCAGGUGUGCAAGAAACUCCCGAAGUGGCGGCUGCGAGGGCGGCCCACCUGGAGGCUUUCAGACGAGCCCAACAGGAGGCAAUAAACAGACCGAGACAGUAUGAGGAAGAAUACGAAGACGAAGAGAAUGUCCCCGUUUACAAAAUUCCCACUCGUGCCCAGCCUGUUGCUGUUACAACUUCAGCCCCUGUAGAAUUUUUCCCGAAACAACCCGCUGUAAGGACACCUGCAAGAUCCUCUUUCGUGGAUGAAGAUGUGCCUCUUUACAGCACGAGUAGCCUUAACGAACCCUGUCAUGGACCUUUAUGCAAUUUGAAGUACCAGGAGGUGCAAAAAUCUGUUUCUACCGAGGAGAGGCAACGUCAACAACAAAGACCUGCACCGGUUUACGUGCCACAAAAUAAUCAGCACUUUUUAAGGAGCAAUGUCGAGAAUUUGAAUACUUACAGAAGUCAAGUACCAGGCAAAGAUUAUAGUAAAGUGCUUAUAGCUGCUGCUAAAGCUUACACUUCUAUUAUUAAGAAUAGUAAUUAAAUGCAUAUAUUUUAUACGAUA